AUGCUUCCUAUGCAUUGCUAUGGAGCGGCCGCGAAGGCUCGUUCCCGCCGUCGUUUUGGCGUAUGGCGGGUACCAACGCAUCCGAGUUUUCGGAAGCUGCGGUUAGGGAUUACCCCCGCCGCAGGGUUGGAUCCAAGGCGGUUUUAUUAUAGUUCCCCCCCAGGUUACCCCCCUCCGCCGCCGCCUCCACCUUCGUCCGGGGGGAAUCCGGAAAAUGCGUCGGGGUUCUACCCGCCUUUACCAGGCCCCUACACGUAUCCACCCGGGUUUUAUGGCUUUCCACCCGCUUCUCCGGUUUCCUACAACGCCUUUCCCGGGGAUUUGGGGACGAAAGAACGGCCGAUCGUCGUGACGUCCACGACGUCGAAGCUGCGGUGGGUUUGGCGGCUGGGGUGGAUGUUUCUUCUCGGCUCGGUGCUCGCGUUCAGCCUGCCGGAUGACGUUUUCGGGCAAUUCCACGAAAGCAUGGACUCCUCCAAGGUGAGUGGGGUGCCGCAGGGGCUGCAGACGAUGCUCGGGAGCGCCGAGGUGAAGCCGGUGAAUUUGGAGACCCUGGAGACGACCUUUGAGGAUAUUCGCGGGUGUGAUGAGGCGAAGAAGGAGCUGGCCGAGAUCGUGGAUUUUUUGAAGGAUCCGGAGAAAUUUCACGAGCUCGGCAGCCGCUUGCCGAAAGGCGUCCUCCUGGUAGGCCCCCCUGGCUGUGGCAAGACCCUGCUCGCGAAGGCGAUCGCGAAGGAGGCCGGGGUGAGUUUUUUCUACGCCACCGGGAGCGAAUUCGAUGAGAUGUUCGUCGGGGUCGGUUCUCGACGGAUUCGCGAUCUCUUCGCCGCGGCGAAGGCGCGCGCCCCGGCGUUGAUUUUCAUCGACGAGAUCGACGCCCUUGGGGGGAAACGCUCGCGUGCCGAUCACGCCUAUUCCCGUAUGACGUUAAACCAGUUGUUGGCGGAGAUGGAUGGGUUUCAGACGAACGAGUCCGUCAUCAUCCUCGCCGCGACGAACACGCCGGAGACGUUGGAUAAGGCCCUCACGCGGCCUGGUCGGUUGGAUACGACGGUGGUGGUGGAUCCGCCGGAUAUGAAAGGCCGCGCCGAGGUGCUGCAGUUGUAUUUAGACAAAAUCAAGGUCGACGGAUCGGUGAACGCGAUGGAGAUCGCGCGCGGGACGACCGGGUUCACCGGCGCGGAGCUCAGCAACCUCGUCAACCUCGCGGCGAUCCGCGCCGCGGUGUUAAACAAACCCGCGGUGUCGAAACACGAGGUCGAGUUCGCGCGGGAUCGCGUGAUGAUGGGGGCCGCGAGUCAAAAAGUGAUCCCCGAACGGGAACGGUUGAUUACCGCCUACCACGAAGGCGCCCACGCGCUCGUCGCGAUGUUGUUGAAGGAUCAGGGCGCGGAGCCCGUGCAUAAGGCGACGAUCGUGCCGAGAGGAAAUGGGAUCAUGGGGUUGGUGCAGCAAAUGCCGGAGCGGGAUAAAUACAGCAAAAGUCGUCGGGAAUGCCUGGCCGCCUUGCAGGUCUGCGUGGCGGGGAGGAUCGGGGAGGAGGUCUUGCUCGGAAAGGAGGAUAUCACCACCGGGGCGGGGUCCGACUUUCACCAGGCCACCACCCUCGCGCGAAACAUGGUUCGUCGGUUCGGGUUUAGUGAGGAUUUAGGCUUUAUCGACUACGAGUCCUCCGACACCCCGGAAGGGGCUUAUAUGUCUGACGAAACGAAGCGGCGGAUUGAAAAGGAGAUUCAAAAGUUGGUCCGUGAGUCCUACGUCGAGGCGAAGAAGUUGCUGGAGGGGCAUCAGGCGGAGUUGAAGGUCAUUGUGGAUCAUUUGCUCAAAUACGAAACCUUGAGUGGCCCGGAGUUGGAAAAAAUUCUAAAAGGGGAGCCGAUUCCCGCGCGAACAAUCGAAGCGACGCCAGCGCCAUCCCCCCCUCGAAGCUCCUCCCGAGCGACAUCCAACCAAAAGAAGCAGAAAACGGUUCCGAUAUCAUAG